AGUGGUGUGAGCGCCGCAUCGACGCGCGUCUGGAAUAAGAGGAGCGGGGCUUCCCUCGGAGUUCAGACCGAAGCAGAAACUCCGCGGAAAGUCCAGUCUCGCUCUUGUUUUGGGUUUCCAACAUUUACCGGACCUCCCGCCCCUCCGGUUCAGUCCUAACGGUUGUAAAGCCUGAAGCCCCCACCGCCAUGCCCAUCACCGAGCAGCUGUCCCACACCGACCUGGAGCGGCUGGCUUUGGACCGAGUGGUUCCGGCCCUGCUCACCCACGGCUUCUACUACGUGGACGGGCUCCUCGGGGAGGUGGCCGGGGCCGCCGUGCUGGACGAGGUGAAGGGAAUGCACGGCUCUGGGGCGCUGCACGACGGCCGGCUCGCCGGCUCCGCCCCCGGGGUCCAGCGGCGGACCAUCCGCGGCGACAAGAUCGCCUGGGUGAGCGGGUCCGAGCGCGGCUGCGAGGCGAUCGGCUUCCUGCUCAACCUCAUCGACCGGCUGAUCUCCGUGUGCGCCGGCCGGCUGGGGAACAACAAGGUGAUCCGGGAACGGUCCCAGGCCAUGGUGGCGUGUUACCCCGGAAACGGAGCCGGUUACGUCAAACAUGUGGACAACCCGAACGGCGACGGACGCCGCCUCACCUGCAUCUACUACCUGAACAAGAACUGGAACGUGAAGGAGCACGGCGGCGUUCUCCGAAUCUUUCCCGACGGGAAGGCAUACGUGGCCGACAUCAAGCCGCUGUUCGACCGGCUGCUGGUGUUCUGGUCCGACCGCAGGAACCCGCACGAGGUGCAGCCCUCCUUCUCCACCAGGUACGCCAUCACAGUUUGGUACUUUGACUCCGAGGAGCGAGCCGAGGCCAAGAGGCGCUUCCAGAAAGUGACGGCGAACACACACAGCCGGACUGCAGCCCCCCCUGACUGUGAGAAGACACUGCCACCUGGUGUUUGAGAUGGGGAACAGCGUCAACUCCUGGCUCUUGAUCUUCCCACGCAGACGUGGGCUGGUGUUUCCCCGACUCAGGACGGGAUUUCUGCUGUGUCGUGAUCCUGGACAGUGACCCACCUGAAGACUGCCCCGUUCUGACGGGGGUGGGAGGGGUCCUGAGAGGUUUGCGCAGAGACGAUGCUUUCAGGCCUCAGCGUUCUGCAGAAGGCCGGCGCCGGCACACGGUGCCGUUCACUGAAGGCACGGAUGAAUGAGACUUGAACUUGGAGCUCCUGAAGUGCAGACUCCGCCUCCACCCAGAAGCCGUUCAUGAAAGCUUCCCUUCGUGGUCAGACGGGGACGUGGACUCACAGUCUGCUUGUUUACACACACUGAUGGAUUCAAGUGUGAUGGAAAUGUUGUUUGUAGUAAGAAAGCCUUUUUUCUGAAUUUAAGGUCAUUAAAAAUAUCUAUAACUUCAGCUUC